UGAGUAAUAAAUGACAUUAUUUUCAUUUUUGGGUGAACUAACCCUUUAAGUCUCUUAUGAUCACCACUGCACAUAUUUGAAUAAAACACAGUAGAAACAGUAAUAUUGUGAAAUGUUAUUACAAUUUUAAAUAACUGUUUUCUAUUUUAAUAUAUUUUUAAAAUGUAAUUUAUUCCUGUUGAUGGCAAAGCUGAGCAGUCAUUACUCCAGUCUUCAGUCACAUGAUCCUUUAGAAAUCAUUCAAAAAUGCUGAUUCGGUGCUACAGACUUGACUGGAAAUAUUGUUAUAGGGCAAAAUUGACAAAGCUAAGUCAGCUCUGCUUUUCUUGGUCUAAACCACAUCGUAAAUUCCCUGUGCAUCACAUGCUCUCACUAAAAAGUUUCAGUUUGGUUUGCAGACUUCAAUCCCUGACAGCAAAGGUAAGUGUCUUUACAACAGACUUUUAAAAUUAAAUUGCUUUCUGCUUGGAUUCUAAAUAUCUUUUCACAAAAAUGUUGCAUUUCAUUGAAUUUAUGAGACUGGAAAAAAAAAAUGUAAUUUAGCAAUUUAGUCAUGGUACAGUUCAGAACAAAUCAAACCUAAAUCUUAAAAUGUCCUUGUUACAGAUGUCUGGGGGAAAGCGAAGGAAAUGGUAAUACUACAUACAUUUUUGAUACCAUUGAAAUCAUUUAUGUCAAGACAAUGAGUUUAUCUAGUAUUUGAUGGAAUUGUCUUGAAACCUCUUGAGUGGUUUUCUACAGUGAUUGUGAAGUGAGAAUCGGUCAUUCACUAAACGAGGCCGAGAAGAAUCAUGUGACCAGCAGGAGAGAAUCAGCUCUGGAGUGUCUUAAAAAACACGGCAUACAUUGUAGCCUGGUAACUGUAUUUCAACGGUUCCUAGACUGAAUCUUUUAACUAAUAUGCAGGGUCACAUGGAAGCUCCACAUAAUUUCUCAUAUCUUGUAUGUUUUAAUAUUUUAGACCACUUUGGUUAUGCUUCUAGCUCUCAGCUUAGUUUAACAAAUGUAACCAUAUCUAAAUCCAAUAUUUAGUAUUAUGCAGAUACUGAAAAUGCACACUAAAAGUUUGUAAGCCAUAUAAAGUAAGUUUAACAGCACAUAUUGUUUGUUUAUAAAUGAACAAUGAUGUCAUUACAUUUCUUUCAUUCUGAACUCUUAAAUGAACCUGAAUGAAUUACAUAAAACACAAUUACAUAAUGUUGAAACAAAUACGGAGAACAGUCUUACAUGGAAAGGUUUGUGCAGGUCAUCUAAUAAAGGCUAAUUCCUUCUCACUUGUCACUUCACAAUUCCUUCUCACUUCUCACAUGACAGAAUUCCUUACAGAAGAGCAGGCACUUUUAUAAAUAGUUGCUACAAAUAUGUGGUAUUUACUGCAUUCUUUACAGGACGAGCUGCCCAACAUCGCCCUGCUGGCUUCAGGAGGAGGUGAAAGAGCAAUGGUGGGUUUGCUGGGAUCACUGGUCGCACUGUCUAAAAGUGAUCUGUUGGACUGCAUGCUGUAUCUUGCCGGGAUUUCUGGAUCUACCUGGUGCAUGGCGUCUUUAUACAAAGAACCAAAUUGGUCCAGCAACCUAGAAGCAGUGAAGGAUGACUUUGUACAAAAACUUCUUCAGCCUGACAUCAGUUUCAAGAAGAAAUUGUUGACACUCAAAAAAUACUACAGACAAAAAGACAAUUUCAGUCUGACCGACAUCUGGGCAGUGCUAGUUUUAAGCAAGAUUGUUAAGAAGAUAGAUGAGAGUACUUUAACCAGUCUAAGGAGCCAACACAGCAAAGAUCCUUAUCCCAUCUACACCGUGAUUGAUAUCCAGAGCAGAUUUGAUAAACUAGAAGCAGAGAAAUUUGUUGAGAUCACGCCACAUGAGACUGGCUACUCCAUCCCUGGGGUCUUUGUAGAUACUUCCUGUUUCGGAAGUCAUUUUGACCAAGGGGUUAAAAUAAACGACCAGCCCGAGGUGGACAUGCUGUUUCUGCAAGGUCUGUGUGGUAGUGUUCUUGCUGACCUAGAACAAAUACUGGAGGAACUGUUACCUUUUACCAAAAUGCUAAUGUUGCAUGAGUUGGACAUGAUGGGUAACCACUCAUCUUCAGAAAUAAAACAAACAAACGUUCACUCCCUCAGUGAUCCACAUGUGGACGAGGCUGGAAAAGUGCUUUUGACACUUGUGGAACUGAAUCUUCUGGUCUUAAGAAAGGAAGAUCCUUCAUCUCACAUUCAAAUCCUGAAUGACUUACUGAGCGGAAAGUUGGACAAAGAAAAAAAUGAGAAAUUAAUCACCAUGUCAAAAGAAAUGAAUAAGAAAGACAUUAAGGAAUACACACUAUAUAUAUGCAGCCUUCAUUCAUGCUGGAAUCUGACAUGCAACGAGAUAUGGGCUGUGAUUGUUAAAUGCAUUGAGUUAGUUACUCACUGGAUCUGGGGCACAACAUACAACUUUCUGUACAACAUGACAGCAGAGGAGGUGUCUCCCUCUAUUCUUAAAGAGGAAAAGAGGCAUUAUGUUGAUGCUGGGAUUGACAUCAACUCACCAUUUUUGCCAGUGCUGAGGAAAGAGAGACACAUAGACAUCAUUCUGUCCCUCGAUUUCAGUAAGACAGACCCAUUCAAGUCAUUGAUAAAAAUCGUAGACAUGUGCAAAGAUCUACACAUUGAUUUCCCUGAAGUCCCAAAUGACUUAGAAGAUGAGAGAGAUGAUCCAAAGGACUUUUAUGUGUUUGAAGGCCCCAAUGCACCGACUGUAAUUCAUAUUCCUCUUUUCAACAAGACGAAUUGUGGUGAUAAAGAAAUUGGAAAGUGGAGGGAAACAUAUAAAACCUUCCAACUCCCCUACGACAGUAAAAUGAUCUAUGACCUACUGGAGAAAGCUGGAAUGAACAUCAAAGAUAACAAAGAGAAGCUUCUGACAGAGAUUCAGAAAGUCAUCAAACGGAAGACAUCAUAAUUUCGUUCCAUUUAUUGAUUCUCAGGUGUGGCUUGUCACAUCACAAUGGAAAUUCACUGGCUUUUCUAUAGUUCUUGUCCCUGAAGGCCGGAACACACCAAGCCGACGCCGACGAACUAGUGGUGAUGAAAACAGACUGCGGGGUUGGCUCACGUCGGCAGCGUCUGUGUCCAAAGUUGCCCUGACACACCAAACCGACGCUCGACACCUGACGGCCAAGUAACACGUCCGUUCUGCGCCUGCGCAAGAUGAAAUGCCUUUCCGUACCAGCAGGUGGCAGUAGCUGAACAGCCAAUCAGAAUGAUCAGAUGGCCCGAUGGACCGACGAGCGCCGACACCGACGCCGAUUCAACAUUUCGAAUCGGCCGAAAAAAAAACUACGAGGACCAACUUCAGCCGACGGUGCAGAACACACUGAGAAAACUUAUGGUGCGUUCACACCAGACGCGAAUGAAGCGCUAAGCGCGAGUGAUUUACAUGUUAAGUCAAUGCAAAGACUCGAAUAGACAUCCUGCGGCGCGAAUAGAGCGUUUCAGGCGUUUGACGCGAGUAACGCGUGAUUCGCGCGAAUCGCGCGAGUUGAAAAAUCUGAACUGAAAUUCGCGCCGCGUUAACCAAUCAGGAGCUUGCUCUGGUAGUGACGACGUAGCGUGAGGAGGCAGAAAUCCGAAACAACAUGGAGGACAAAAUCAUCCUCGCUGUACGAUACAUCUUUGUACUUUUUUAGAAACAGGAAUAAAAAGGAUUUUGCUUGGAAGAAAGUGAGUGAGGAGGUCGGACAAUCUGGUAAGUUGUAAAAAACGCUCUUUACUCAAUUUGAGCUAGAUAUACACAUAUUGAGACUACAAGCUAGCUAAAGCCGGCAAAUUGAGCUUAUUCGCCGUAUUUUACAACUACUUUCCCGCUGCCGAGUUGAUGUGUUUAUUCAGAGGAAGUGUGCAGAAACGAGACGAGACGCCUGGCAGAAGCCCCUCUCAUGACGCGAAUUCGAGUCUGUUGUGAAGUGAAUUUCACGCGCAAAGUGAAAUUCACUUUGCGCGUGAAUAGCGCGAUUUAUUCGCGCAAGUCGCGUCUGGUGUGAACGUCCGACGAACAAAAACUGCCCGACGGCCAACCGUCGGCUUGGUGUGUUCAGGCCUUUAGGUGGCAGCAAAGAAGAGGCGAUUAGAAAGGGUGAGAGGGUUUGUUUCAGCUGUCCAAUGUGAGAGAAUGAUAGAGACAUAAACAUUAGGCAUAUAAAAACAUUUUGUGAAACAUUCAAGUGAAAUAGAAUUGCAUUUGUUGUUAAUUUUGUUAAUAGGUAAAUAGGCUUGCAAGUUUUUAGUCUCUUACCUCUGAAAUCUGUUACUGACUUCUAACAUUCAGGUUCCUUUAAAAGAGUCUCUCCCACACCGUUUGGAAUGAAACAUGAUGCAACAGACUUUAGACUGUUAACUGACAGCAGACAACACACACACACACACACACACACACACACACACACACACACACACACCUAAAACAUUAUAAGUUGUAACUUUUUUAUAUAAUUACAGUUUUAUUUUCACAUGUCCUUCAGUUCCUCACCUGCAUUUCUGUAAAGUCAUCACAGACUAGUGCAUCAGAAUCAAACAAAGAAUUUUUGAAAUAU